AUGAGCGGCCCGGGCGCCAGGUCGGCGCACCUGUCUCAGCCGGUGGUGAAGAGCGUGCUGGUGUACCGCAACGGGGACCCCUACUUCGCGGGGCGCCGCGUGGUCAUCCACGAGAAGAAGGUGGCCAGCUUCGACAUCUUCCUGAAGGAGGUGACGGGAGGCGUCCAGGCGCCCUUCGGGGCCGUCAGGAACAUCUACACCCCGCGGUCCGGCCACCGCAUCCGGAAGCUUGACCAGAUUCAGAGUGGGGGCAACUACGUGGCCGGGGGCCAGGAAGCCUUCAAGAAACUCAAUUACUUGGACAUAGGCGAAAGCAAGAAAAGACCAAUGGAAGUCGCUAAUACAGAGGUAAAACCAGUAAUCCACAGCAAGAUCACUGUGUCAGCUCGCUUUAGAAAACCGCUCCAGGAACCCUGCACUAUCUUCUUGAUUGCAAAUGGAGACCUCAUACACCCAGCUUCUCGUCUCCUCAUCCCAAGAAAAGCCUUGAGUCAGUGGGAUCACGUACUACAAAUGGUCACGGAAAAAAUAACCCUGAGGAGUGGAGCCGUCCAUAGACUGUAUACUUUAGAAGGAAAAAUCGUUGAAAGUGGAGCCGAGCUGGAGAACGGACAGUUUUAUGUGGCUGUCGGCAGAGAUAAGUUUAAGAAAUUGCCUUACAGUGAAUUGCUUUUUGACAAGUCAACAAUGAGAAGACCUUAUGGUCAGAAAGCCUCUUCACUGCCUCCUAUUGUAGGAUCCAGAAGGUCUAAAGGGAACGGAAACGAACGCCAAUCCAAGUCAACAAUUGGCUAUACUGACAACACGUCUCCUCAGCCCCCAAAGAGGAAAGGGAAAAAGGAAGAUGCAGCGCAUUCGGAAAAGCCCACAAAAAUGAAACAAAAUGUCCAGUUGAAGAAUUCAUCGAAAGUUGCCCCACACAGCGAGGAGGGCAUUUUCAAAGCCGGAGCGGAGAGAUCUGAGACGCGGGGGGCAGCAGAAGUCCAGGAAGAUGAAGACACUCAGGUUGAGGUUCCGGUCGAUCAGAGGCCAGCCGAAAUAGUAGAUGAAGAAGAAGGUGAAGAGAAAGAAGAGCAGGGUAUGGAGCAGAAAGACUUUUCAGGAAUGAAUGGUGAUGUUGAAGAUGAAGGAGGCCAGGAGGCUGCAGAUGAGCCGGAGCCAGCCAGGGGCAGCCUGGACCACAGUGAGGGGCAGGCAGAUCCUGCUCGUGCCAGUGGAGGCACUGAUGAGGAAAAUGGGGAGGAACUGGACCAGGUUAAUAAUGGACCUCAGCCAGAAGUGGGCGAGGAGAGAAAAUCUCCAGGAGCCGGCAGUGCCCAGGAUGAGACUGAUUUAGAUCCUCAAAGACCACCAAGGCCAGAAGUAAAAAUCACCAGUCCGCAAGAAAACGAGAACAAUGAGCAAAACAAGGACUAUGCUGUGGUGGCGUAGAUGGUUGUUUGUGCUUGUUCAGGAGAGUACAUGGGUCAUAAGCAAAAUGAAGAGUUAUCAUACUUGAACAAUAAGUACACAGUUAUUGUUGUACACAUUAUGGGACACUGUGGUUGAAUACUACCUACUGAAUUGUAAAAUUAGUGGCUGAAUAGCAAGACCUCAAUAGCUACUAAAGGAAAGCAACUCAUUUUUAUGGUAUGUUUUGAGAAGUCAUUUAGAAAACAUUCAGCAAGGGGCUGAGGGGUAUUUGCGCUGGAAGACAAUGAACUCCAUUGUCUUUGUCAAGGAGGGGAAGCAGAGAGCAUCACUUUAUUCUAAUAAAGUGAUCCGAUUCACUUUUACUAAAAAGAUUCCCCCUUUUGUUAUUUUAUUAGAAUACUGUGAUCCUCUCUGCUUCCCCUCCUCCUCACUUUUUCUGCUCCAGAUUUUAUACCCAACCAUAGACUCAAGGUAGUAGUUAGCAGUUAUAAACAGCACUUAAUCAUACUGUAGGAAAUGGCUGCAUUUUCCUUAGAAGCGAUUUUAAUAAUUUCUGGAAAUAGGAAGUAUAAACAGAUGAAAUUGCUUCAGUAUUGCAAAGAUCUGGGGAGAUAUAGAUGGACUACUAUAUUUCUAGUACAAAAAAAAAUGGCAGUUUAGUUUAAAGCUAUCUAUGAAAGUAGAGAAUUGUAAAGAAAUGGCAUGAGGGAAGCAUAUAAUAUUUUCUUAAAGCAAUAAACCCUCGAAUGCAAAAAUUGCAGCUUAGUCUCAGAGAGAAUUUUCAGAUGGCCAGAGAUUGAAAUGGGUCUGUUACUCCGUGAUAGUCUUUUCUUUCUUCUUCCUUAGCCAAAAUCCAGCUGAAACAAAUGGAAAAGACAGUGCAAGGUUUUCAUUCAGAGAACUAGUGAUUACUCUUGUCAUCCUCUUCCUCUACCACCAUGCUUUUCUAGUACCCAUGACGUUAAUGGUACACGCUCAGGAAGGAAUUACAAAGGAACAUCAAAUUAUGUGACAGCCUGUUAGCUGGUCUGGAGAGCCUGGUAUACUAUCAUUGAUCGGUUCACCUUUACCAAAAGAGAUUCCCCCUCUUGUUAUUUUAUUAGAAUACUCGACUUUGUCCAUUCCAAAAUUCAGUUCUCCCCAAGUUUGUUCCUCACUGCCCCCUCAAACAAACAAACAAGAGACUAUAUAAUAGGAAGAAAACAGGAGGUUAAGUGAAGAGUUUUUCACCACUCAAUUUCCCUUACUUUCCAUCUUAUUUCUAUUAGGAUGGUGUUUCUCAUGCUUUUGCCCCCAAGGAUAUCAGCAAAUGUUUAUUUUCAUGGCUAGCUGAAAUGAGAUGAAGCUUCCAAGGAGAGUUCCCGUCUAUAUGACUAUAAACUAUUUGAGAGAAAUUAUUGAAGAAACUUAAAAAAAAAAUUGUCAUAAUGAAACUGGCUUCAUUGCACAUGUUGUUCUCUAACUUGAUAGUUACUGUUGCCUUUUUAAGGUAUUUAUCAGGAAAACUAAAGUUGCAUUUGUACUUUGAAUGCUUAAGAGAUGAUGCCCUUCUUUUCUUAAAUAUAGAAAUAAUUAUUUUUUUCUCAAACUAAAGAAUAUUCUUGUUAUUAUAAAUAGGCUGUACAUUUGAAUUUCAAAUUCUAGUGUCUUCUAAAGAUCCAUUAUUCAUCAUAUGUUUAAAGGCUUUUUCUGCUCUAGAUUUUAUACCCAACUAUAGACUCAAAGUAGUAGUAGUUGGCAGUUAUAUACAGCACUUAAUCAUACUGUAGGAAAUGGCUGCAUUUUCCUUAGAAGCGAUUUUAAUAAUUUCUGGAAAUAGGGAGUAUAAACAGAGAUGAAAUUGCUUCAGUAUUGCAAAGAUCUGGGGAGAUAUAGAUGGACUACUAUAUUUCUAGUAUAAAAAAUAGACAUUGCUUUCUAUGAUGGUAGGCAUAAUUUUUCAAAUGAGACAAUAUAAAGCACUUGUGAAUUACAGGCAAUAAAUUCGCACACCAUUACUGGCUCUGACAUUACUAAUUUUAAUAGCUUAUAAAAAUAAGGGAUCGAAUAUAAGAACUUGUAACUAAUUAUAUCAAAGUGAUUUUCUUUACUUUGUUUAAUAAAACAUUUUUUCUGUCUUUUCUUUGAAAAAGGUAUUCUUUCUCAUUUUUCCUUCUUUUCUCAUUUUAUGAUGAUGCUUAAAUCUUAGGGAAUUCCUUUAGCGUCGGUUCCAUAAUGCACACAUCAAAUAAUUUACACGAAAGUUAAUGCCGGGUCUCAAAAUCAAGCACCUAGAGAAGAAGAGGACCCAAUAACUACAGCACAACGUUGAAAACAAUGGGAACCCAUUCUCCUAUUGUUUGUGUAGGUUUCCCAUUUGUCAAAAAAAAAAAAAAAGAUAUAAUUGUGACCUACUUCAAGGGAUGGAUAACAACUAUCACUUCAGACAUUUUGCACAUCUUGUACUAUAAAAAAUAAAUAAUAACAUCUAGAAGAACUCAACUGCGAAGAAUGAACAUUUGGCCAUCUCAUUGGAGAUGAGUUGGAAACAUGAAUGAUGAAUGUUAACUCACUCCCAGAUGUGGAAGUCUUCUCCUGGGGAUGAUGUCCUCUAUGGCAGAUAGAGAGGAGCGAUCCUGGGAGAUGCAGGGUCCAUUCAUGUGAGCAGUGGGCCCAAAGAAAUCUCGGACAGGCUUCAUACACUGCUUUAUGGAGACAUGCUUUCAGCAGCUUUUAGGCAACACUCAAGGAAAUGCUUCAAAGAAUUAGUUCUUUGCAAUUCUGAAUACCUAGCUACCAUAGCUGUAAUUUUAUGUAGCGUUUUUCAAAGUGCUUAAUUGGAUUAUAAGAAAUUUAUAGAUAUCUGGUUUGUUAAUGGAAUGGGGCAAUUAGGGGUUUGGCAGAACAAAUAAGAUUUUAACGGAGGUCAUUUCCAUGCUAAAGACAUUUCUCAUGGAUUAGCUUCCAUUAAAAUUGUUAGCGAGUGCCGAUAGACUUUCAAUAAUAAAAUAUGACAAGUUUUCCUUAAGGUAACUUUAUACUUAUUUUUUAUUGGCAAUAGGAGGACUUUCACUUAUUAAACAACCCCUUUCUUAUGUUUUGGAGGUAAUAUUAAAAUGCCAGACUCAUAAGAAUAUCUUUUUCUAUGAAUUAUUCGAAAGUUUUAGUUCCUGCCAUGGUUGUGAAAGAUAGCACUAUUCCAUAUCAAUGUCAGACAGAGUCAGCCAGAGAGCUUUAUAAUAGACAUGUGAAACCAUGCUCCUAUGGAAUUAUUCAUGCUACUAUUUCCCAAUUAUAGCCCAGAAGCCAAUAUUCUCAAAAUCUAUACUAUAGUGACCUACCUGUUAUACAAAUGGAGAAGCUCUUUCACCUACCAAAAAAUACGUGUGUUUAAAAUUGUGGACCCAGAACAACAGGAAGGCGCCUUAUGUUGCUAACUGAUGAUUACAGAUUAGUGAGCAGGUCUACUUUUUACAUUUAUUUUGCUCAGUAAGUAGGAAACGCAAAGUUUAAAAAAAGAGGUUAAACAGAAGAAUCACAUCGGAAACCGUUGCCAAUCUUAGUAAAAAUAUUAUAUCUAUAAGAGACUGACACAGAUGCACUCAUGCUGUAAAGCAGGAAACCUGGUCUCAUCAGGCACAGCAUUAUUAAUAGAAGAAGGCUCUUGGGUGAAGGUGAGAGAAAUGACGCCUACAAGCAUGUGGAGAGGAAAUGCUAAGAAAUUAUGUAUAUGGUGCUUUAAAACUUGAUUCCUGCAGAUGCUAACAGAGACUCAAUGUACUUUUCAAAUAAGAAAGCUACCAGCAUUUUAAUGAAAGAUUUAUCCUCAGGAUAGAUAUUAAGCAUAUUCAUUUUGUCAUAUGGGAAGAGAUAGAAUAGAUAUGUAUUUUCUUCCUGAAAUAAGUACAGAUUAAUUUUUUUCAUCCAACUUUAAGUACCAUAUAAUUUAGCUGCAGACUCUUUCAUACCAAUACAGGCUCGGUUUAAAGGUUUUUACUUCGGUUUGUGGAUGGGCACUUGUAAGUGUGAUUUGCAUUCAGGUAUCAAGGACUCCUUUUGUUACCAAGUGGCCAGGCGCAGUAAAUACCGAAAUCAAGCCUGAUUUAAUGUUCUGAGAACUGAAUGUCCAACAUCAGUACAGAAGAUGCCCAUUACCCUGUGUGAAUGUAAUGUCUCCCUGGAAUGGAAUGUGUUUCGUUUUGUUUUGUUUUUCUGUUUAAAAUGUAGUCUUUUUCAGAUGCAAGUCCAUACCGUUCAUUGUUAUCAAAUAUCAUUUCCCCCCCAGAAAUAUCGUAAGAUUUUAUUUUUUGCCUUUUUUCAAAUGUUCUGGUGUGAAGAUCUGCUUGUUUUUUGUUCUCAUCACAUGACAUAUCGCAUGACAGGAUGUUCUUAUCACAUGACAGGAUGUUUGAGUAAGUCAGAUGGAAUAAAAUAGUGUUCCCAUAUACUUAAGGGGGGAAAUGUUUAUAAAGAGACCUAACUCCUUAAAGAGAAUUUGAACAAUUCAAAAGAAUAUUGAUAACCCUACAGAAUUUAUAGACUCAGAGGUAAUAAAUGUGGCAUCACUGGCUUCAGCCAAGAACAACUUGGUUCGAGUCUCUGAAUGGCAGCAAAUAAAUUCCACUAUGUUGUUCCACCAGCUCUUCCAUCAGUUUGGACCAUAUAACUUAUUGUUGCAGCUACUGAUCGAUGUAUAAUCGCCUAGGGAAAUGGAAUGACUAGUCAAUUUUAUAAGUUAGAGGAAAGCCUGUUUUGCUCUCUUCGGCUCCAUGUGUUUCCGGUGCCUUAAAUCUUUAAUAUGGACAACGAUAAUGGAUGAUUAUUGGUGCAAGGAAACAUGGAGUCCAGCACAUCAUUUUUAUAUAGUUCACUGUGUUUAGAAUUUACCUCUGUAAGAUACAUUAUUUGUCCUGAUCAAAUUAUGAGCAUUUAGAUUGUUACUGCUGUAUCAGUGCUCCCUCUACAAUGCGAAUGUUUCCUGUAUCAUUGGAGUAAAUCGAUCUAUGUUUUAUAGAACUCAUAUGUGUUUGGAUGGCUUAUUGCUUGUGUAUGAUGCUGGGUGUCCAAUAUUUCAAUCCUUUGUAUGACGUUUUUCACAAGCACAAAAGAAACUUUUUGAUUUAAACCAUGUGGAAAUUCAACACAUUAAAAGUUACUUUUGUUUCUCUUGGACAUUCAUAUUAAACUUCAUGAUGUACAGACAUAUUUUUAAUCGUUUGAUUUGCACAUUGUUUAGUUUGUGAAAGUUUAUGUAUAUUUCAAAUAAAUCAUGAUAUUUUUUUCCAUGAA